AUGACGUAAGCUCAGCGCCGCGAGUUGUCGGUUUACGCGGAAGUGACGUUGAUUCCCUUGUAGCCAAUGAGCGAUCGUGGCAGGAAUUUCGAGCGGUGGCUCACGGAAGCGCGAGAAGAAGUAGUUGCUAACGCGACAAACAUUCGAACUUUUUUUGUGUCGUUGCUUGCCCGGAUAAAGCUUCCACUUUUUUUUUUUUUUUGAAUGUCACCGAAUUAUGGUGAUCCGAACAACAUUUUGUAGGUUGUUUGUCGAAACUAGCUGUUUUGUCGCCCGUUUGCGGGACGCUAACGCGAGGUAGCGGCGGAGGAGUGGACUCGUUCGAGCGGCCAUUUUCGUUUUGUUCAUCGUCGUUGUUUGUGUUUUGUCGGUCGCCAGCGGGGAAGCAUGGCGAGGGAGCGCCUGCCCAAAAAGCCCGUCGGGUGCACUCUGGAGGAGAUUAAGGAGAAAAUGAGGGAGAAGCGCAGCAAACAGUUGGCCCGGGUCGCGGCGACCGGCAGGACUUCACGAUCGAGACUCGCCCAUCCGAGCCGCGGCAACGCCGGGACCGCAGCGUCAGGCGGCGCCGCGCCCGGCGGCCUCCUGAAGGCGGUGCAGCAGAACAACCUGGCGCUGGCGUUGGCGCUGCAAGCGGAGAAGAAGAAGGUGCAGCAGGCCAACGCGCACGUCCUGCAGCUGCUGGCGGAGCGCGACGCCCUCCACCGGGAGCUGCUCAAGAGGACGCUGCGAGCCGGGCGGACCCCCGCUGCCUCCCCCCCGCCGGUCAGAGUGUCGGCGCUGCCCGCCGAAGUCGAUGUGGAGUCACUAAGACGGGAAAGCAUCAGCGAGGAGAACAGCGCCGCCUGUUGGGUCUCCCCAAUUUGUGCAGAUUCUCUUAAAAUGGACGCCCAGCCCGAAUUAGACGCAUUCGCCUUAACGGCGAAGGUGAGCCGAAGACACGGAGGAGGGACGAAAAGGGGGAGGCGAUCCGACCUUGUGCGACAUUGGGGGUCCGUCGGCGAGGCGCUGGUCUCGAGACCCCCCGCGUCCAGUGAAGCCCGCCGGGAGACGGUAACGGCGGCCGAAGACGAUCGCGUCCCCGAACGAGACCCCGAACCGACCGGGGACGCCCACAAACACGGGCGCCGAUGGCCCCAGCCCAAAGCGGACGCACCGGUGCGAGGGCGCAAGCCUGAGCGAGCCCCCCUGAAGAAGCCCUGGGAGAACCCCAAGAGGGCGCGAUCCAAGAGCCGGGACCGCGGCGCAGCGCCCCCCCAGCAACUCAACACCUCGCUGGGCUUCAAUGACGACUAUGACUUUGACUGGGAGGAGGCCGUCCACGUCACGCCUUUCAAGCCCAAGCCGGGCCACCCGGAACCGCCCGCUCCGGAACCCGGCGUGCCGCCGUCGCCCCCGUCGUCCGAGUCCAAAGACAGCCCGUACGUGCCCAGGAAGAAGACCAAACGGGGGCGCCCGUCCCUCCAGACCACCGAGGCCGUCGCCACCCGCAGCAGGCGGACCCACCAAUGGGACACGAGUUCUGCCAAACACGAAGCCGGGGUCGACGCCAGCACGCCGGCGGACGUCGAGAUGACGACCGUCGACGCCCCCCCGCCGCUCAGCGCGCCGGCGGACGGCGAGACGACGCCCGUCGACGACGUCCCGUCCCGUUUCGGGGACCCCCUCCGCCGAGGGCCUCGUCGUCGUCGUCCUCCUUCGUCUCAGCGCAAGAAAGGCGGCUCGGCUGCCCGCGGCGCGUCCGUCCGGACCCGAUUGAGUGACGUGACCAACGUGUCGCCCCCCGCAGCCGGCCGCCGCUUCUGCCGGUCCUCUGAGGCGCCGCGCUCGUCCACGCCGGCGCCGGCCCGCGAGCGCCGCCGCACGGUGGCUGUGGACUACAAGGAGCCCUUGUUGAGCACGAAACUCCGGCGCGGGGACAAAUUCACCGACUUGCAGUUCCUCUCGCCGGGCUCGCCCAUUUUCAAGAGGUCGCGCGCGUCCGCUGGCGCUCGCCCCAAACCGGACAAAAAUAACAAGUCGUCGGUGGGCUGCCGUUGACGGUUUGUCCUUUCGAGAUGUUGUACAGUCGUCAUUUUUAAAUAAUUCAAUGUUUUACAGAAGCAAAUUAAUAAACAUAGUUGAACAGGCAAA